CCAGCCUGAUGUAUGUGGAAGUGCAAGGUUAAGUCCUUCAAGUCACUGGCUUCUGCUUGUUCUAUACCGUGUUACAUUUGAAGAGUUAGCCUCUAUCUAAUAUCUGAAGAGCCUCUCUCCCAUGGGGCAGGCUUUGAGGUUGGAACGAGGUUUGUUUAUCUAACAUGUAGGUGUUCUUCAAACUUCCUCCCCGACAGUUUCCUCAGAGGGAGAAGGCAUUGCUAGUCCAUGGUGGAGGAUGGUCUUCUCUAACCCUGAGGGUCAACUCCUGGAUAGCCUCACCCUCACCAUCAUCAUCCCUCUUCCCUUAGGAUCCUCAUAUACAUUUUUUUUUCUACUCAGCGCAAAAACACACGCCACUUUCCUGCCAUCACUUUGUAGAGGCGUUAGAAAACUAAUAGUCCACUAAAAAUACCCCGCCCGCCGAGUUGGAGCACUGGGUUUGGGCUUGACUUGAGCCUUUUCCUGCUGUAGGCAGCACAGCUUCCAGGGUAGGCGUGGGCUGUUGAGGAAAGAGGACAUGAGCGGCCCUGGUCGGAAUCAGGCUUCCUGCGCAACAUUAUAAAGACUCCCCUCCCUCUGUCUACCCUGGAUAGUCUUGCUCAGACAACUGUGGAGGGAGUAGGUUAUUGCCCAGCCUAGCCUGAAGACAGUUAGUUACAGAUUGAGGAACCUGAGAGUUGAACUGAGGGUUGUGAGGACAGCAUCGUGCGCAUUGGUUCUCGUCCCUGCUGGUCGGGGUACGAGUAGGGAGCUGGUCUCACCUAACAGAGGCGUCCAGGAGACUGCCCUCCAUGUUUUCUCUAGCUGGUGUCUUCUGCAACAGGAUGAGCAAGAUCCAGGUGGUGGAGGGAUAUAGGGUUGGAGGGAGGCAUGAGGUGGUGGGGUCUGAAGCGGCUGCUGCACAGGGAUACGUAAAGGAGUUUACGCGCCACUCCAACGACGUCCUGCUGAAUCUGAACGAGCUGAGGCACCAGAACAUUCUGACCGAUGCCACCCUGGUGGUGGGCACUGCCCGACUGCAGGCACACUGUGCUGUGCUCAUUGCAUGCAGUGGGUUCUUCUACUCCCUGUACUCCCGUCGUGUGUCCUCUCCUGGAUGGAGUGGUGCUGGAGGCCAGGCCCUGACCCUGUCUCUCCCUGACUCCCUGGACCCCUCCAGCGUCUCCCUGCUCCUGGACUUCAUGUACACCUCCCAGCUGCCCCUCACGCCACGCACAGUCCCCGGAGUGCUCUCCGUCGCCACCUACCUGCAGAUGGACCACGUGGCUGACACCUGCAGAGCUUUCAUGUUACACAGUGAGAGGAUGAGAGGGACGCCCCCUCAAAUGAAGCUGGACUCCACGGUGUCUGUAAUGUCUGCAGCACUCUCAGGGGGAGCUCCUCUUAAUCCCCCUGUCAAUGGAAGACCCCGCCCAUCUGUCCUCGUUGUCUCCACCCCCUCCCAGUCCGCAGCGGAGGCUGAGGGUCGUAUGUGCCAUGACUCGGCCAGCAGGAACCCUGGAAACUUCCGGGCCUGUCUGCAGCCAGGGACUUUCCUGACCCGCGAGCCCAGGUCAAAGGAACUAAAGCAGGAGCCUGAAUCACCCAUCCUGGCCUCCCCCACCUCCAUCCCUUCUCCAGAUAGCCCGUCUCGCUCCAGCUGUCAGCCCAACUCUCCUGCGGAGUCCAACACCUGUAAUCUAGGUGAACCCAAGCGCAACCCUGACCCUAAAGCCUGCAACUGGAAGAAAUACAAGUACAUUGUCCUCAACCCCCUCUGUGCCGUAAACACGGUGAAGGAGGAGGAGCCUGAGGAGGGCCGGCAGCAGCUCGACCACAUCCCCACCUCUGAUAGGAUGGAAGUGACAUUGAAGCCACCUAUGGAGGCAUGGCCAAGGGAAGGAUCCGGACAAAAUGAAAGCCCUCCCCUGGUUCCCCACCCAGGGCUGCCAGCCCACCCUGUGGAACCCCCUAUGGAGCCCCACACCCACAAGGAAGGAACAGUCUCGCCUUGCUGUCUGGCACCCCGCCCAUUGGAGCCAGAGGCCGCCCAUCACUGCCAACACCCAAUUAAGCGUGAGAAUUACGGCUUGCCAUUCUGUUACUCCGGCAACCUGAGUGUGAUAAAGACUGCCUGCACAGCCCCCGCUGCAGGAGACAAGCCGUACCGCUGCAGCGUGUGUGGUGCCCAGUUCAACCGGCCCGCCAACCUGAAGACUCACUCCCGCAUCCACUCCGGAGAGAAGCCCUACCACUGUGAUACCUGCGGGGCUCGAUUCGUUCAGGUGGCCCACYUGCGAGCCCAUGUUCUGAUUCACACAGGGGAGAAACCUUAUCCCUGUCACACCUGCGGCACUCGCUUCCGUCACCUGCAGACCCUGAAGAGUCAUCUGCGCAUUCACACUGGAGAGAAGCCUUACACUUGUGAGAAGUGUGACCUGCACUUCCGCCACAAGAGCCAGCUGCGUCUCCACCUGAGGCAGAAGCAUGGCGCCGUCACCAACACCAAGAUCCGCUACAAGGUCCUGACCGACCUCUACCAGCCCAUCCUGCAGGCCUGUUGAAGGUCCUCCCUUUGACCCCUGACCUUUAACCCCACAGAUACCAAGAAUAACCCCAACAUUUAUGUCAAUCAAAUCAUGAUUGUUUAUCUGUUUCCACCCUAGUUCUCCUGUGUUGUUAUGGUCCAUGGCUGUGUCCCAAAUGGCACCCUGGGCCUGGUUGCAUAAAACACCUUAAGUUAAUUUCCCCCUUAUCUGUUCCCUUGACUUUAAAUCAGUUGAACAAAACAUUUUAAAAGGUGAAUUUCUCCCUUAGAUUAAGUGAAAAAGUUAAUGGUGCCCAUGAGGUCCCUUAACGGCUUCAUUCAGUUUGGAUAUCAAUGUAAACAGAUUUUGUGGAUGUGAAUGUUACUUUCAUCUACUCUGGUUACAAAAGGAAAACAUCAACCAGCUAGCUACUUAGCUAAGCAAUGGAAGGUGCACAAUCCAUGGCUACAAAGCUAGCUGGCUAGUUAGCUAUAGCUACUCUGUAAACUAGCUUGACAUACUAGGAAGUAAUAUAAACAAGUUGAGAAAAAAAGUAACAAGAAACUAGGUUUAUUAUCUUCUGAAGCAAUUAAGUUCCAUUUGGAUAUCUCACAAAAUGAAAGUGACCUCUUUGACGAGAGGUUAAGUCAGUGAAUCAGGCCAUGCCCAUGGUAACCAGAUACUCUGUUUGCCAUACAUGCCUUCAAACUACCGUAAAAAGGAAAUAUUUGUCUAUGCAACGCCCUUAAACAAUUCCCUUAAGUAAAGGACAAUUAUUUCUUAAUGUAAAGCCUUAAAGGAAACACUUAAAAUGUUUUAUGCAAACGAACCCUGUACAUUAUAUAGUGCACUACUUUUGACAAGGGCUCAUGGAGCCUACAGGAAUAGGAUGCCAUUCAAAACUGCCUUGCCCCAUCAAACCUGCCUGAUUGAGAGCUCAGCCUCGCCCCUCAAAAACAUGAGCUCAAGUAUGUUUCCCUGACUGGCUAGAGGGGCCAUUAUAAACACAUAUACAUGACUAGUUGUAAGCCAAUCAAACCAUGAUGUUGUAAAGGAUUUGUGGAAAGGCGGCCGGCGCCAGAGAUCGGAGCUGAUAUGUAGAUAGGAUGACAAUGCCUCUCCUCUGAGGUAUUGAGCUGGAGGCUGUCUCAGGCCGCUUUAAGCGUUAGGUGGAUAACAUGUCAAGAGAGCUGUCGAAAGUUACUGGGAGUAGUAUGAUAUGUUUUUGUAUCCCAGGAGGUGUUUUGAAAAGUUGAGAGUUUUGAGGUUAUGAGUAGAGAGAGUGAGACAAAGACAGAGCUAGAAGAAAAGGGAGAAAAGGAGGAGGAAGGACUAAGGAGUGUGGCUAGAAGAGAAAAUAGAUUUGACAUGAUUGGUUGAAAUCAUCAGAUGAGGAAUUGAAUUUAUUAGAGUGACGGAGAGAAUGUUGUAGAGUUGAAUAGAGCAAGUGAAAGAAAGUUCUGUGCCAAUGGUUUGUUUAUUUUCAAGUGCCACAGCUAUUUUUAGGGACCGGGACACAUUGGGGAUCCGUUGAGUAUUUGAAAUGGCAAUGCCACAAAGAUAUCAUUGCAUAACAAUAUAGAGAUAGGUAAUAAUGCCCCAAGCACUAACGUGUGAAUAGACUACCCCGAUUGUGUCAGCUUUAAAUAUCUUUUUAACUAAUGUUUAUUUUUUACACACUAAAACCAAAGGCCUGGGGCCUUUGUCUAAUGUAUAUGACAGGUGUCAUAUAAGAUAAUAUGUUUUGCCCGUUACAUCCGUUCUGUAUUUUUCUAAAGGUUUUUAUUUAAAAUGGCAGUUUAUAACUUGUCAUCGGAGCAGAGUCCGAGCAGGCAAAGGACUUCCGUCUCUUGUGUAUGAAGGAAUAUCUUCUCUCAGAGCAUAAAAGCUAGAUAAUGCGACUGUAAAAAUGGAUGAGAGAUGAUAUUGAUAUUUGAAAUUGUAUGGUGUUCUUUUGCUGGACAAAGACAAGGACUGUUUUAUACUAAUUAAAUUAAAUUGAUUGCCCUUAA